AUGAUAAUUUUCAUUCCAUCAUUUAGAAGGUCUAUAAAGAAUCCUGCUUAUUAUUUAUGUAUUCUUGGCUUGGUGUUUUUAGUGUUGGCCAUUGUGUAUAGUGUAUAUUUCUCGAGUAAUUAUGCUGAUUUGCAACCUAAGGCAGCUAUUUGUAGUGUGUUUGAUGCCAAUACUAAGAGGAGAAUAUGUUCGGAAGCUGAUUGUCAAUUGGUGAAAAAGUUUAAUGUGAAUUCUUAUAAAUUACCGACACGGGCUAAUAUUCAUUAUUCAGAAACAAAGAAGAUGGACCAUAAAUUUACAAUUUCGGAACAAGAUAUUGGACAGGAGAGUCCUGUUGAAUGUAUUGCUGGAAUGACCACGUGUUAUGAACCUGGAUGGGAUGUCAAUUCGAAUCUAAACGAAUGGAUUAGAAGAAUUUCAACUAACAUGGUAACAACAGAUAAGGAACAAGCAUUGAACAUGGUUCAAUCAUUGACCAAUUCAACUGCAGAUACAUUCUGGAAUUGUUAUGAAAGAUUUGAAAUUCUAAAUUGGUAUUUAUCAGAUUUUCCAUUUCUACUUCCAACAACUGAUCUGAUUUUGAUUUGUGUGUUUUAUCCUCUUUCAAUUUUGGUAUUUUCAGUAGCUAUUAUAUUUAUCUGGUGGAGAGUAGCUGUGGCAAGAAAGAAUAGAGCACCAACAACAACUGAAACAAGCAACUCAAAGGUAAAUUCAAAGAAAAAACAAAGCAAGACUAAAUCAAGUGAAAAGCAACCUCUGGUGAUUAAUGCUCAACCAAACAAUGAAUCUAACAUGGCACGAACAAAUGGAAAUUCAAUGGUUUAA